AUGCGGGCGCACCGCACCUCCCAGGGCGUCUGCACGGCUUUUGUGCGUGUAAGUUAUCUUUCUAUUCGCAUCUGUGUCGAAGGCGCCUACGGCGAAUCACCGCCGCCCGCUGCCUUUUGGGAAGCAACUCUGUGGCUAAACGUUGGGGCGCUGGGUGUGAUCGGAGCGUGCUGCGCGACUGCGCAGCCUCCUGCUCUCGCGGCCGUGCUGCCGUAUAUCGUCGCCUUACGUGCUCGGCAUCGUCGAGUUCUCCUGGCCUGGCGAGCUGCGGAGUGCUCGGGCACUCCGCACUUCCUCGCGGCGACGUCACCGACGAAGCGGACAGAGCGCCGUCGCGGUCAUUUAGACGCCACGUCCUGGCGGCGUUGA